AUGGCCCUUAUACAGGCUCUCCGUCGGUCCAUCAAGGGCGACAAGGAAAAGCAGCACCAUACAUCGAUAGGGAAUAAGUCUGCUGUCGCCAUUAUACCACCCAAAAAGGUGAUUCGAGCCCUGUACGACUAUGAGGCCCAGUCAUCUCAGGAAAUGAGCUUCUCCAAGGGCGACUUUUUCCACGUUAUUGGCCGCGAGAAUGAUCAAGACUGGUAUGAGGCAUGCAAUCCUGCCCUGCCGGAUGCCCGAGGUCUUGUCCCGGUCGCAUUCUUCCAGGCUCUAGGCCGUACCGAGCGAGAUAGUGCCCAGUCCGACAAUGGCAGGCCACCAACUGCAAAGAGCCCCGAUCACGACUCCGGCUACAGCGAAAAUGCCCCACAUCCUAUCACAACGGCCGUACCCAUCACCCAUCGCAGUACCAAGUCUACCGAUAUCGACAACAAGAUCUUCGCCAUUGUCAUGUAUGAUUUCGAGGCCCAGCGCGCAGAUGAGCUGGGUGCCCACAAGGGCGAGCAAAUCAUCAUCAUUGCGCAAUCCACGCCUGAGUGGUUCGUUGCCAAGCCCAUCGCCAGGUUGGGCGGACCCGGCUUGAUUCCCGUCUCGUACGUUGAGAUCCGCUAUGUCAAGACUAGAGAGGUUGUUCCCAAUGCCUUGGAAGCGGUGCGAAGAGCUGGAGUCCCGAGCGUGGAGGAAUGGAAAAAGAUGGCUGCAAAUUACAAAAAUAGCAGCAUCACUCUAGGCAAAUUUGAAGCCGGCGGUCCACCUGGCGGCCAGCAACAAGCUGUCGAACAGGGUAUGGAGCGGAUGAGCCUUCAAGCGGGCAGACAGAGCACCCAAAACGGAUCACAGCAUCGUGCCCAACAGCAAAGCAUGCCCCAGUCCCAACAAUUUGCCCCUAACCAAUCAACACCUCUCCUCUACGCGCCGGAAAGAGCCUGGAUUCCUCGAUACUGCUUUGCCGAGGACAAGUAUUGGUUUGUCAUUGUGGCUGUUCUUGAAGAUAAACGGCAUUGGGAACUCUCUCGCUACUAUGAAGAUUUUUAUGACUUCCAGAUCGCCCUUCUCACAGAAUUCCCUGCAGAGGCGGGGAAUGCUGGUAGUGCUCAAAAGCGAACUCUCCCAUACAUGCCGGGGCCUGUAAGUUAUGUUACAGACGCCAUCACCGAAGGCCGACUACACAACCUCGACGCGUACGUAAAAAAUCUGCUCAGUCAGCCUGAGUAUAUUUCGCGAUGCAAUCUUGUGAAACAAUUCUUUGCUCCUCGCGAAGGAGAUUACGAGGUCGAUCCUCACGAAAUUGAGGAACAAUACCGUCUUUCGCAAGCUUCACAACAGUCUGCUGAGCCUCCCGGCAACUCUGGGUCUCGAACCAACCUGAAUGGCAAUGGCUAUAGCGGGCUAUCUGCCACGCCCCGGCAAAUGGAUGACGCACAGCCAGGAACAGGUGGCCAACCGCAAGGACAGCAACAACAGCAAGCAUUAAUGAAAGUCAAGAUGUAUUACAAUGGCGACCUCAUCGCCAUUCGCGUUCCAUCUGAGGUUGAAUACCAACAACUUUGUGACAAGAUUCGGGACCGACUCAAGCUGAGCCCGGAUGAUCAGCUGCAGCUCUUCUACAGGGACGAGCCCACAGGGAACAAGCCUAAUCUUAUGAGCAAUAAUGACCUUGAUUUUGCUCUUCAGCGAAAUGAGAAGCUUGUUCUCUAUGUGGAAGUUGUGUAA